AUGGUGUACGACGGCGUCAAAGUCGACCAGGCCACCGACGCCAAGAACCAAUCUCCCGCCACUUCCUGCUGCUGGAUUCGCCCUGUCAAGCAGUAUCCUCUCCAGUUCGCAAAGACCCUCGAAGCGAAUCGACUGCGGCCUGUUCAGGUGCGAACCGAAGCAGAGCUCGUCCAUUCCUUGCUGAAAUACGUCAACACGAUGGAUCCCGAUCUCGUGGUCGGCCACAACAUCACCGGCGACGAUUUGUUCAUGCUCCAGUCCAGCUUCCUUCGGCACAAACUCUCCUGGUGGGAGAUGGGACGUCUGCGCUAUAAACAGCCGCCUCGGCAGUUCCCGCCCAACGAAGUCGCGAUGAAACUUCUCUCAGGACGAUUGGUGGUGGACACCUACACGUCCGCGAAGGAGUUGAUUCACGAAGACAAUUACUCGCUGCCCGCCUUGGCCGCGAAGUACACGUCCAUCCGGCUUCGCGAGCUGAAUAAUUUCUCAGGAGAUGUGCUGUACUCGAACGCCACGCGGCUCUGCACGGCCAUCCAAUCGAAUUUGAUCGCGGCCAACGCAGCGGCGCAGCUGAUGUUCAGCCUGCUGAUCAUUCCUCUGUCGCACCAAAUCUCGUGCAUUUCGGGACUUCCGUGGGGGCGGUGUCUGCGAUCCAAUCGAAGCGAGCGCGUGGAGUAUUAUCUACUGCACGGGUUCCGGCAGAAGAACUUCAUCACGCCGGAUAAGCAAAGGAAAGUGAAGCAGCAGAAGCGGAAGUCGAAGUACGAAGGCGGGUUGGUGCUGGAGCCGAAGGCGGAUUUGUACGAGGAUUUCGUGCUGGUGCUGGACUUUAACUCGCUGUAUCCGUCGAUUAUCCAGGAGUACAAUUUGUGUUAUACGACGGUGAAGCGAGAGAAGAAGGAGGAGGAGAACGAGAACGAAAAAGAGAACGAAAAAGAAAAAGAGAAGGAGGAACGAAAGGAAGUGGAAAAAGAAGAAGGCGAGGAUGAAGAUGGCGAUCUCCUGAUUCGGUAUUUGGUGACCAAACGACGCGAAGUGAAAGGACUGAUGAAGAAAGAAAGCAAUCCGUUGAAGCGAAAACAGCUCGACAUUCGGCAGUUGGCCCUCAAGAUUCUGGCCAACUCGAUGUACGGCUGUCUGGGCUUCACGAACAGUCGCUUCUGUGCGACGGCGAUCGCAUCGACUGUGACGCGCGUGGGACGUUAUAUUCUGCAGAAUACGCGAUUGUUGGCUGAGAAAGAAGGGUAUUCUGUGAUCUAUGGAGACACAGAUUCCAUUAUGAUCAACACGGCCACACGUGAUUACCAACAAACGAUGGAGAUUGGUCGUGAGUUGAAGAAUAAGAUCAAUAAGAAGUAUAAAUAUCUGCAGAUCGAUAUCGAUUACGUCUUCCAGAAGAUGCUUUUGCUCAAAAAGAAGAAAUACGCCGCCGUCAAAGUGAUUUCCGUCGAGGGAACGCGCCUCACCACGCAGCGAGAAACGCGUGGAAUCGAUUUGGUGCGACGCGACUGGUCGAUUCUCACCAAGGACGCGGGCAGCAAGCUGCUGGAUAUUCUUUUCUCGGAGGAAUCGCGCGAUGAAUUCGCGGAUCAGUUCGGUCGGUAUCUCACGGAUCUCGCUGCCAGCAUGCGGAACAAUCUCGUGCCAUACGAGAAAUACGAGAUCACGAUGUCGCUCACGCGGUCGCUCGCCGAUUACAGGGAACGCGAUAUCAGCUCGCUGCCACACGUCGUCGUGGCGCAAUUCAUUGAAAUUCAUUCAUUCAUUCAUUCAAUUGAUUCAUUAAUUCAUUCGUUCGUUUCCUUCACACACGCCGGCGAUUUCAUUCGCUACGUCAUUUGCUACCCCCCCAACGCCUCUUCCUCCCCUUCGCUCGGCUCCCAGGCCUUCACCGUCGCCGAGAUCCGCAAUUCCAACGGCGCCUUGAAGCCAGACGUCGAUUGGUACCUUCGCAACCAGCUUCUCCCCACGCUCUCCCGUCUCAUCGCCCCGCUAAAGGACAUCCCGCCAUCCUUCCUGUCGCACUGUCUCGGACUGCCCUUCCAGCCCGCGUUUUCGAGCGAAUUCGGCGCCGAAGACCGCGGGAAAGUCUCGUUUGUGUUCCGAACCAUGGCGGAACGCGAAGACUACGCGGUGCUGUACGAGCAGACCGAUGCCAUUCGAAUCAAAUGCGAGAAAUGCGGUAAGGAAAGGGAACUGGAUGUCUUGGGAGUGCGGAAUGAACAUGGAUCGGCGAUCUGUCCGGUGAGGGGCGAAAAUGGUGUGGAAUGUAGUGCGGAUGCGGCUAUUCACGAAAUAACAUCGCGAACUGCGUUCUCUUGUAUGCACGACGAGCCAUUAUGA